GUCACUCCCGCCCACAGCCCUGGGCCUUGAGUGACACGGGAGUCCUCCAAUCACUGGAAGGGAAGGCGGAGCGGCAGCCAAGCGCCUCGCCCACCACGCGUUUGCGCCAAUCAGGGAACCCAGAGGCGGGGAAGGUUCGGCCGGGGAGCGAGCGUUGAUCGGGGCCGCGCAAAGGAGGCUGGGAGAGCUGCUGGCUGGGGCUGUAAGAGCGGAUGCCUGAACUGUAUGGAGCCCCUUUGAAAUCAAGAGACCUGUAUAGGUGCAGAGGUGUGCCCAUGUAGAACAACUUGCAGGCUCAGGACCAAGAAAGUUAACACAUUAAUCUUAUUGUGGUUUGCUAAUUUAAGUCAGCAGAAGAUGAGUCAUCUGGAAAAAGACUAUAAACAUUUGUCCCCUAGGAAUCCUAUUGAAGCUCUCAGACAUUGGCAACCUCCUUAUCGCAGUGAUUUAAGCUGCCCAAUCUGCCUCCAAACAGCUACUUUCCCAGUAGAAACCAAUUGUGGACAUUUAUUUUGUGGUUCCUGUCUAAUUACAUACUGGAAACAUGGUUCCUGGUUAGGAGCAAUAAACUGUCCUCUCUGCAGACAAAAAGUGAUUCUUCUGUAUAAUGCCUCUUGUGAAAAUCAACAAGAUAAGCCAAGCAAGCAGACUGUACGUGACAUCAGAGAUUACAACAAGCGUUUCUCUGGCCAACCUCGACCUUUUGCAGAUUACCUUUAUGACAUGCCGCUACUCCUAAAUCUUGCCUUAAGAGGAAUCUUUACCCUGGGAGGUCUCGUAUGGAUCUUCUUCCUAAGAAUUGUUGUUUGCUCCUUUGGGACCAUCAUGUGCUUAACUUCCCGAUUUGACGUGAUGCAUGAACCUCUUUGUGGAAUCCUUGCAGCAGUCGAUGACCUAGUUGUCGUUUUCCUCCUCUUAAUUUGCAUGUUUAACAUUUGCCAGCAAAUGGAAUCAGAAGAUAUAAAUAUGACAAGUUCUACAACUCAGACCAUGCUGUCGGAAUCCUGAUACACUCAAACUUCUACUUCUUCAUGAGCCUUCAUCAGACUGUGUCAGGCUUCUCCAUGACUCUGGGGGCAGCAUGCGAUGGACUGAUUUUUUUUUUUUGAAGAACAUUCUAACAUUGACCUAUAGUGGAGUAAGACUCAGUACACUUGCCAUGGCCAAGUGAUUAAUUUGUGCAAAUGCUCACAAGCCUAGGUUAUUAAUACAGCUAUGUAUUUACUAGGUUCCUGCAUGGUGAAGCAGCCUUUUAUGUGACUUCCCUUAACAUGCAAGACCUGAAAUGACCGUGUCUGGGAGCUACGUGUAACCCCACACCUCCUGGGUGUGGUGCUCUGUCCCAUGUAGUGGCACCAAGACCACUUAGAGAGAGAAUAAUGAGUCUGUUCCACAUCCUUAGCUAAGAGACAUAUGGCUUUUAGCUCAUGCACUAGAGGCUCAUGCACUAAGCUUCUGAGGUUUGAUCCCGCCCACCGACAACUGGUGUUACAUAUGCACAAGGUCUAAAAUUACAAAGCCGGUCACUUUAUACCUGAACAUUUUUUAAGAAACCACUUUACAUCUAACUAGUUGCAUCUCAGUUGUGGUUUACUAUAAUGUAAUCUCGAGACCCUACAUAGUCUUAUUACUGUAGAACUUUCUAAGACGUCACGAGUGUGGCAUGGGGAAUAAAAUGUCAACUACGUGGUUCCUCUAAGAGGUUAUCUGUAGGUGCUUUGUGCCAGCAAUGCUUAUUAUGAUAAGCUCAUCCAUCGGAUUACAAACUUUCCCAGGUAUCUGUUUAACAAUUGUAAUCUUGAUGUUAAACAGACAAUAUGAAUAUGUUCAUAAUAUUAGCUUGAGUCAAAAUACAAAAUGAAAUAAAAGUACUCUAGGGAGAGUGAAAUAAAAAGGGAUUGAAGGGAUUAUGCAAGGAAUCUGAACAAAUCUUUAUCCAACUCUCAAAUAUAUGAACACAAGGUACAUUUUUAGCAGCUUCCUUAAGCUCUGUGCAUCUGAGUUUUAACAAAGUCAGCAUUGUUAUUCAUUUCCUGUAAACUUUGUAUGCUCCCUGUAGUUUCCUUGUAAGUCCCUGUACUAGUUCAGCAAAAAACAUCAAGGCCAAAUUUAUGAUGAUAUAAAUAGUAGGAAGCC